AUAAUCAAUGUUUGCACAAAUCUCAUUCAGGUGUAAAACCGCAUCAAAUACUUUUUGAUUCAGUUUGGAUAGUUUCGAUAAACUGAUGCCUAUUAUAAACAAAUCACCACCAUCAAUUUCCAUUGAAUUGAAUAAAAACAAAUUAUGGAUCAACUAAAAAUUUAUUAAAAUUGGUUAUAUAAAGCGUAGAUUGAUUGCAUAAAACAAAAUAAAUGUGAAACAACGGAAAGCAAAACAAUGGUAGAGCGAUAAGGUGAUAUGUGAUAAGAUAGUCAUUUUAACUAAAAUUCAUUUGGAACGUUUUACAAAUCGUGGCAAAUCAUAUCAGUGAGUGAGCUUCGGUUUUUGUGGACGGAACAUCGGAAUUUCAGCGUUUAUUGGUGAUGUUUUUUCGCUCAAAAUUGACAACCAAUUUUAUUAAAUCGAUUCGGCGCGCGACCGUCGUGCAAAAGCCAUUUUAAUGAAUGCUUUAAUUUUCACAUAGAAAAAAAAAUUAUGAAUCGUGUUCACGUUUGUUCUAUUUGGAAAAAGGCAAAGCUUAUAAUUUAACUUUCAAAUAUCUAUUCACUAGAAACACAUUUUCCGGAAUUCUUUCAAAAUUGUUUGGUAAACGAGUGACUAACAGCGUUUUCUCGUGCAAAUAAUUCAUUGUAAAACAAUUUAUACGAUUUCGGACAAUCAAUAGCAUUUCUAGAUUAAAAUUAGGCAUUAACGUUAUUAGAUAGGUAGCUCAAAAUGAAUAUGAUGCAUUCGUAGCGAAUAUUUCUUUGGUUCUCACGUUAAACUUUGUUAAAGUGCAUCAAAAAUGGAUUUAUCGAAUCGAGUGCCUGAAAAUGGGUCAACACCAAAAACUGCAUCCGUGUUAGUGCACCAUAAACCGCGUCUGAAUCUAUUUGAUUUGGUGAAAACGGGCUUGAGUUCAACGCUUGCAAUAAUCGUUUUCAUUGGAAUUGGCCAUGUGGUGAAAUGCGUUGCCGGACCAUCAGCAAUUCUCUCCAUUUUAAUAGCGGCAUUAAUUGCAUAUUUAGUAGGUACUUUUUACACAGAAUUAAAUCGAAUGAUAGUGUUAUCGACGAUAGAAGAAUCGGCACAAUUAUCGCGUGUUGUGGCUACAGUGUCUGAUGAAACGAUAGUGGGCCAAAUAGACAAUAAUGCAUAUGUUACAAGAACAAGGUAUAGAGUGGCAAUCGAAUGGUUGUUGCCAUCGUAUGAACUUGUUUAUGUUUGUAAUGGUGAAUUCGCUGCAUUUGUAAUUGCAUGGAAUUUGAUUAUGGAGUAUGUGGUGAUUGUGGCACUGAUCUCCAAAACAUUGAUUAUCAUGAUUGAUGCACUAUUUUUCGACUCAGUGGGCCAUUUGACCGAAAUCAUUCCAAUGUCAUGGUAUUUAGGCGAACAUUUCGAUGUACUGGCACUUCUAGUGCCAAUCAUAAUAGGCGUUCCGUUGUUGUUGUUGCUUGGACGAAACACCAUAUUCAAUGUGGUAUCAAUCGCGUUGAGUUUGUUGAUUGUACUGAUUUUCCUAUUUUUCGGCAUUUUCAACGCCGACAUUUCGAAUUGGGAUCGCGGAAACGGAUAUUCGAAUUUGGAAACAGGUGGUUUUUAUGCUUUUGGCGUAGAUGGCGUCUUCAAAGGUGUUGUCAUCAUUUUAUUCAUGUUUAUUGCAUUUGAUACGAUGUUGUUGAGCCGAUGGGCCCAAUCAUUUUGCUUUUCAACGCGAUAUUCCAGUGACACGGAACCAGUAAGCAUCGAAUAUUUCACCAAAACCGUGAACCAAGCCAUUUUAUCAAUUAACACCAUCAUUCUCCUAUGUUUGCUCGGCAUGACAUUUGCAUUAACGACCAUUCAACCCAUCUAUUCAAUGGAUAAAAGCUUGCCGUUGUUAUCUGUUAUCGAUGCAGUGUUCAGUGAUUCGAAUGGGCUCAGCAACGCGGCAACGGUAACCAAAUUCAUUAUAUUAAUUGCUGGCUCCAUCGCACUUGUUGGCAGUUUGUAUGCGAUGCUGCAUGCUGAACAGCGUGUUGUGCAAACGAUGCUAUCGACCGAUGCGGACGAUUCAACAUUCAAAUUAUUUGGAAAGUUUGGCUUAAACCAUUUACAACAAGAAAUACGGCAGCAAAAAACAACGGCAACCGAACACAACGGCAACCAAAGACGACGAUGGGAAACCGGUGCUUGUUUAUUAUUUUCAAUACUUUCCGGCUUGUUGGCUGGAUUAUUCGCCAUUGAACAUCUCAUUAAUUUACUUUCGAUCGGUACGUUGCUCAUGCUGUUCGCUCUAACCAUUGACAUCAUGAUUUUGAGAUACUCCGGGCGCUUGAAACAACAACAUCCAUGUGAAAACGGAACAUCGGCAACAGUCACGAAAUCAACGCGUUCCAUAAGUUUGGUCACAAUUCUGCUCUCCGCUUACUGUUUAUUGGCAGCAACUUUAGCCAUUCUCAUCAAAAUCGUUAUUUCGAAAGCUGUUACCAUCUCAAUGACUUUGUGCUGGAUUUUCAUUUCCAUUUUAAUAGUAAGUCUUUUGGUCAUUGUUCUCGUACUUGGUGCACAGCCCAAAGGAAAUGCAAUUUUCUCCCUCAAUCUCUCGCAUCCACUUCUUCCGGCCAUCGUCUUAUUCGGCUGCAUCUUUCUGUUUACCGCCAUCGAUGUCGCCGCUUGGAUUCGACUAGCUAUUUGGAUGACCAUUGGUAUACUUCUAUAUUUCAUCUCGAAAAAGCAAAAGAAAAACCACAAAUGGACGGCAAACGGUGUAACAAAUGAUGCAUUCACUUCCGAAAUGGAAAUCAAUCAAAAUAAUUUCGCCAAUGCUAUGACAAUCUCCAAUGAAACCAUAAAACUAAAUGAUAAUUCUUCGAUCCAAAGUCAAGAUGCAACUAUUUUGAAUCGUUCACCAAACGAAAUUCCUCCGAAGAAGGCCGAUGUCAAGACAUUUGAAACAGACAGUGUUGAAUUUGAGCUUGAAGAAGUGACAAAAAGUCCAAUCGAAGAAUUUGAUGUUAAUAGAACAGAAAUUAAAGCAAUUCCAAAAACAAGCCCUCCGCAAAUUGAUCAUUCUAAACUGAAUGAAAUAUCUUCUGUGGAUGAUAUCAAACAUAUGUGUGUUGAGCGUCGUGAACCAAAUGGAACUGCUUAUUUCGUGGAAGUCGAUUUAGUUCAAAGUGGUAUGGAAAAUGAGAUGAAAAAUUGUGAAGUUACUGCAAAGGAUAUCGAAAAUAUUGGCGAGAAUACUGAGGAGCUUGAGAAAAAUAUUGUUGAACGAGUUUUUAACCAGAAUGACAUCGAACUGUGGCCAAAGCCCGAGCCAAAACUAAUAAUUCUAUCAGCAGCAUCUGAAUUCGAAAACAGCGAAACUGAAGAGGAAGAAAAGGAAGUGCGCGCCAUUGUCCAUGCAUCAAAUGAACAUUCGUCUCCAUUUGAACUGUUGGACUCGACGUCAAUUGAAUCGUCGAUACCAUUCAAACAUUCAUCAUCAUUCGAGUGUCUAACCCCAAAUAAAAUGGUAACAUCACCUGGCGUUAUACGGCCAAUCGGUGUAUAUGAAAAGCCAAGGCGAUCGCCAAAUUUCCAAAUUGGAGUUUACGAAGCACUUCCAAGGCAGAAAUUGCUCUACGAAAACGAUAAAGAUCGUUUGGCAUUCAAAAUGCGCUUAGAGAAUUUGUUUGGUCAAAGCGAUGAAAUAGCAGCCACACCAAAUCGUGCAAAAUCGAAUUUCAGCAGUCCAAUCCAACCACAUUCGAUGCGAUUAUCAACAUUGAAUCAUUCUAUUAGCGCUCCAGAGAGUUUGCACGAUGAAACCGUGUCGAAUGGACUGCCACCCAAAGAGGUUCCUUCGAAAAUUCCAAUUCCACCGGCAUUUAAUCAAGAACUGUAUGAUACGGUCGGACGUCGAAACCGAAAAGCAUUUCCAUCGGCAUUCGAUGUGAUUGACGUCGAUGGCACCAUAAAAGACCGCAUGCCGUUUGAAAGUGUCAACAAAAAAGCGAAUUUGUCGCGAACAAAAGCCCACGACAAUCUCACUGAACUGGGCGGUGUUGAAAACAAUGCACCACCAAAUAUUAAGCAAAAGCUCGAAGAAAUUUUCAGCAAAGGUCUAGCAGCAACGCAACUGGAUGUGCCAGUGGAUUUUGAGGCAAACCGAAAUGGCAAUAAUGAAAAUAUUCGACGAAGCAAACGGCUCGAACCAUUCGAUACGGUGCGAAAGCAAAAAAUGUUGUUCAGUGACGUUUUAAAAUCCAUCGGGCCCGAUAUUCAUUCGAAUUUGCAUCCGACCCAUACAACGGCUGCCAUCGACAUACAAGAGACACAACGCCGCGAAUCGCUGGAUUAAAUACGGAAUGAUCCAUUAAAACUUACCGAAAUGCAAACUGAAAAACACACAUUGGAACAAAGCUAUCAAUAAAUUCAUGAGAUUAUUUUUUUUGUUCCGUUUCGUUACGUUUAUAAAA